AUGCAAGAAGAGCAGUGGAUCUCUUCGAGACGAGCGGGAAUCAGGGUGGACGGACAACAGAUAGAACUCGUCGAUGAGUACUGUUACCUGGGCUGUACGCUGAAGAACAACAGCAGCCACGAGAAAGAUAUUCAGCAAAGAUGCGCUAAGGCCACUUCUGCAUUUAACUCCUUAACGAAAUGCCUGUGGUCCGCUCCCGUCACCAACGAAGUCAAGCUUCGAGUCUACCUAUCCGCCAUUCGCCCUAUCAUGAUUUACGGAUCGGAGGAAAUCGAUGUGGUGUACGGGCGGAUGACACGUGGAAGAUAUGGACAUCUUCCACCGCCAUCGAAAGUGGCUAAAGUAAAUCGUCCUCGCUUCUUUGGUCAUAUAUUAACGAGACCAGCAGAUCGCCUUGUUCAACGAGUUCUGAGGAGUUUGACGGGCGAGACGCAAGGUUUCGCAGAAUAUGGAAUAGUGACGAAUAGAUUGAUUCUGUGCAAGCACUCGCAAAAGAUCGAGAAGGUUGGACAGAGCUGUGUUCAAGGAAGGCUUACCUCGGCGAAGGUGCGAGCAAUCGCGUCAGACGAUGACAUCAGCCUGCCGAUUAAGUCAAGCUCUGAAGAAGGUGACGACGCCGAAACGUUAGCCAGAAUAAAGAUCAAUAACGAUCUUGGUUCUGCUUAA